GAAGUCCCUCAGCCGCGGGCCGCUGUCUCUCCGGCUGGAACGGGACUCAACAAACCUGAAGAAGCGGCGCAAAGGACUGAAAAAAAUAAAGAGGACUGCUUUUAUUUGUUUAUUUUUCUUGGCGUUUCUUUUUUUUUUUUUUUUGCUCUUUUUUUUUCAGUAGUUGAUUUGCAAAGGGGUCCGCGUCCCCUCUCUCUCUCCUCCAAUAGGACGGACUCUUUCACUGUACCGCAUCUCUUCAUCCCGACGCGGCGGAGCGCAGGACGGGAAUGUGAGCGCUCACACCGAGAAAAGGGCUCGGAUGAGCGGAGCAUGUGUGCGUUGUGCGCUGAGACGCGCUGCUCCUGUUCGAAGACCUGCCUGCAAUUGCCUCAACUGAUUAAUUAACUUUCCAUUAGAUUUUAUCUUCAACUGUCCGCGCAGUCACAAAAGGCUCGGAGGUCAAUGAUGGUUAUCUCUCAGAGUGACUUCACUGGAUCGUUGUGACUACAGUGAUUUCGACCCAGACAUGUGGAAAGCGGAGAGUCCAGUCAGAGCCAGGAUGGGAUGUUCAGAAUGGAAGUCUUUGGUCCUCGGCGGCCUGGUGUUCGUCUUGACAGUUGUACAGAGUUCUGAUGGGUUCAGUCGGGCAGCCAUGCCGUUUGGUCUGGUGAGACGGGAGCUGUCUUGCGAGGGUUACCCCAUCGACCUACGCUGUCCAGGAAGUGAUGUCAUCAAGAUCGAGACUGCCAAUUACGGCCGGACAGACGACAAGAUCUGCGAUGCUGACCCCUUUCAAAUGGAGAACAUCAACUGUUAUCUGCCCGAUGCAUUCAAGAUCAUGUCUCAAAGGUGUAACAACAGAACGCAGUGCAUCGUCAUCACUGGACCAGAUGUUUUUCCUGACCCCUGCCCGGGAACAUAUAAGUACCUUGAAGUCCAGUAUGAAUGUGUUCCCUAUAUUUUUCUUUGUCCCGGAACUCUGAAAGCCAUUGGAGAUCCAUCGUUUCUGUACGAGGCAGAGCAACAAGCGGGGUCGUGGUGCAAAGAUCCUCUCCAGGCAGGAGACAAGGUUUAUUUCAUGCCCUGGACCCCUUACAGAACAGAUACACUUAUUGAGUACAACUCGCUCGACGACUUUCAAAACUCUCGACAGACUACGACGUAUAAACUCCCCCAUCGGGUCGAUGGCACAGGAUUUGUGGUAUAUGAUGGGGCUGUGUUUUUUAACAAAGAAAGGACACGUAACAUUGUCAAAUUUGACCUUCGGACCAGAAUUAAAAGUGGGGAGGCAAUUAUAAAUAAUGCCAACUAUCAUGACACCUCACCAUAUAAGUGGGGCGGGAAAACAGACAUCGACUUGGGAGUUGAUGAAAACGGUCUUUGGGUGAUCUACGCCACCGAGCAGAACAAUGGCAUGAUGGUGAUCAGUCAGCUCAAUCCCUACACCCUUCGCUUCGAGGCCACCUGGGAGACCACCUAUGACAAGCGAUCGGCCUCCAAUGCUUUUAUGAUCUGCGGAGUUCUGUAUGUGGUCCGAUCCACGUACGAAGACAAUGAGAGCGAAGUGAGUAAGAGCCUCAUCGAUUACAUGUACAACACCAAACUGAACCGAGGUGAAUACAUCGACAUCCACUUCCCCAACCAGUAUCAGUACAUCGCCGCUGUGGAAUACAACCCUCGAGACAACCAGCUGUAUGUGUGGAAUAACUUCUACAUCCUGCGGUACAAUCUGGUGUUUGGUCCACCUGAUCCAGCACACGCACCACCUAUCUCAGAGGCAUCCACCACACCCAAGUUACUAAAACCAACAACCACUACAACAACCACUACUCAACCGAGAGGUCAGGUGACUACUGUUACCACUACAGGGACCAGAGCUGUUAAUAAGACACCCAAAUCACCAGCUGUACUUCCCCAAACUACCACCCCACCCUCACUAGAGUCUUUCCCUCCACCUGAGCGCUUCUGUGAGAGCGUAGAGCUCAGGGACAUACUGUGGCCACAGACGCAGAGGGGCAUGCUGGUGGAGCGACCCUGCCCCAAAGGAACUCGAGGCACUGCCUCCUACCUAUGUGUUCUCUCCACUGGAACCUGGAACCCAAAAGGCCCAGAUCUGAGCAACUGUACGUCCCACUGGGUGAAUCAAGUUGCUCAAAAGAUCCGUAGUGGGGAAAAUGCAGCCAACCUGGCGAACGAGCUGGCCAAACAUACCAAAGGAGCCAUCUUUGCUGGUGACAUUAGCUCUACCAUGAGGCUCAUGGAGCAGCUGGUGGAUAUUCUAGACGCUCAGUUACAGGAACUGCGACCCAGCGAGAAAGACUCCACCGGCCGCAGCUUCAAUAAGCUUCAAAAGCGAGAAAGGACGUGCAGGGCGUAUAUGAAGGCUAUCGUGGAUACAGUCGACAACCUCCUCAGACCGGAGGCUCUGAAAUCAUGGCGAGAUAUGAAUACCACAGAGCAGACGCACGCCGCAACUAUGUUACUGGACACCCUGGAGGAAGGAGCCUUUGUCCUCGCUGACAAUUUAAUGGAACCGGCCAUCGUGAAAGUACCAGCCAGUAAUAUAAUUCUGGAUGUUUACGUGCUGAGCACAGAUGGGCAGGUUCAGGAUUUCAGGUUUCCCCAGAGCGGCAAGGGUGGUAUUUCUAUCCAAUUGUCUUCCAAUACGGUGAAACUCAACAGUCGUAAUGGUGUUGCCAAGUUGGUUUUUGCCCUUUAUAAGAACCUGGGACAGUUUCUAAGCACGGAGAAUGCGACGAUGAAGCUCGGCCAUGAAGCUAAUGGACGCAACCUUUCUGUGGCUGUGAAUUCUGACGUCAUUGCCGCCUCCAUAAACAAAGAAUCCAGUCGUGUAUUUAUAUCGGAGCCUGUGAUUUUUACCCUGGAGCACAUCAACAUGCAACAUUACUAUAACUCCAACUGCUCUUUCUGGAACUACUCUGAGAGAACCAUGAUGGGAUACUGGUCCACUCAGGGCUGCAAACUAAUCCACGCCAAUAAAAGUCACACCACCUGCUCCUGUAGUCAUCUCACCAACUUUGCGGUGCUCAUGGCUCAUCGAGAGCUGCUGGGUGCAGAUAAAGUCCAGGAGCUGUUGUUGAGCGUCAUCAGUCGUGUGGGUAUCGUGGUAUCCCUCAUCUGCCUGGCCAUGAGCAUCUUCACCUUUUGUUUCUUCCGUGGGCUGCAGAGUGACAGGAACACAAUCCAUAAGAACCUGUGCAUCAACCUUUUCAUUGCUGAGCUCAUCUUUCUCAUCGGAAUCGACAUGACGGAGCCCAGGAUGGCCUGCUCCAUAAUUGCAGGAAUUCUGCAUUACUUUUUUCUGGCAUCUUUCGCAUGGAUGUGUUUGGAAGGGGUUCAGCUCUAUCUGAUGCUGGUGGAUGUCUUCGAGAGUGAAUAUUCACGCAGAAGAUAUUUCUACAUGGCGGGAUACCUCCUCCCCGCUGUGGUCGUGGGUGUUUCCGCUGCUGUAGACUACAGGAGCUAUGGGACUAAGAAAGCAUGCUGGCUCAGGAUGGACAAUCACUUCAUCUGGAGUUUCAUUGGGCCCGUCACCUUCAUUAUUAUGCUCAAUCUCAUCUUCCUGCUCAUCACGAUGUACAAAAUGAUGAAACACUCUACAUCGCUGAAACCUGAUUCCAGCCGGCUGGAGCACAUCAACUAUGAAGAUAAUAAACCAUUUAUCAAGUCGUGGGUCAUGGGCGGUUUUGCUCUGCUGUGUCUCUUGGGCCUGACCUGGUCAUUUGGUUUGUUCUUCAUCAGCGAGUCGUCUGUUGUCUUAGCGUACCUCUUCACCAUCUUCAACACUUUCCAGGGCAUGUUUAUCUUCACUUUCCACUGCUUGCUUCAGAAGAAAGUUCGGAGAGAGUACAGCAAAUGCUUCCGACACUCGUACUGCUGUAGCGGGAUCACGACAGAGAGCUCACACAGCUCCACAAAGACCUCAACAACACGGACAAGCGCUCGCUAUUCCUCUGGUACUCAGAGUCGAAUCAGAAGAAUGUGGAACGACACAGUCAGAAAACAGUCCGAGUCCUCUUUCAUCUCAGGAGACAUCAACAGCACAUCCACCCUCACCCAAGGAAUGACGGGCAAUUAUCUUCUUACUAACCCUCUUCUGAGACCACAAGGCACUAAUAACCCCUACAACACCUUACUGGCUGAAACUAUCGUAUGUAACACACCAACGGUGCCAGUCUUUCACUCUCCAGUGACCUACAGAGAGACAAGACACUCUGUGACCAGCGGCAGAGAUACGAACACGUUUGGGACUCUACCACUCAAUGGCAACUUUAAUAACAGCUACUCACUUCAUAACUACAGCGACAGUGUGGAUUGCGGGCUCAGUCUCAAUGAAACAGCCUUCGAGAAGAUGAUCAUCUCUGAGCUUGUGCACAACAACCUCAGGGCAGCUGAGUCCCGGAUCAGCACCAAAAAGGGGGCGGGGAUCAGCAGAGGGGAGGAAACUGUGGUCGCGGAGACGUCGUCCCUUGUGCAGGUUGGCGGGGACAGCGAGAUGGACGGUCUGGGGCUGCACCACACACAUCCCCGCACACUCGAAGCCCCCCUCAUACCCCAGCGAACUCACUCGCUCCUGUACCACAUGCAGGAGAGAGCGAGGGCCGACAUGGAUGGAGGCCCUUCGCAUCCCCAAAGCUGCAUCGGUCAGCUCCCACCUCCGGCUGAAACCGCCCUGCCCUCGCCCAACAGAGACUCGGUGUACAACAGCAUGCCAAACCUCAGAGACUCGCCAUUCUCGGAGAGCAGUCUAGAUGUGGGCCAGGACCUCUCGCCAUCCAAACACAGUCCGAACGAAGACGUUUACUAUAAAAGCAUGCCCAACCUGGGGUCAGGCCAGCAGCUGCACGCGUAUUAUCAUAUGAGCAGAGACAGUAGCGAGGGCCUCAUCAUCCCCAUCUCUAAAGACGCUUGUGUCCCCGAGGGGGACGUACGAGAGGGACAAAUGCAGCUGAUCACAAGCCUUUAAAACUAACUGUAAGCACCGCCCACCAUGUACACAGCCCCGCCCAUCCACCGAUGGCAGAGUGGUCUUCCUUUUUAAGCCACCCACAUAACUGCACUCAUGUACCGCUGUUGUCCAACGAGUUACAGGCAGGCCCAGACGGAAUCAGCAAACUUUUAAUCUCAUUUUA